GGGGCCGUGGAUGGGGAGGGCGCGCCGCCCGGCGGGCCCGGCGCUCAGGCAGCCGCGAUGAGGGUCCACGAGAAGUACUCGACGCUCCCGGCCGAGGACCGCAGCGUGCACAUCAUCAACGUCUGCGCCAUCGAGGACAUCGGCUACCUGCCGUCCGAGGGCACGCUGCUGAACUCUUUGUCGGUGGAUCCUGAUGCAGAGUGCAAGUAUGGCCUGUACUUCCGGGAUGGCAAGCGGAAGGUGGAUUACAUCCUGGUGUACCACCACAAGCGGCCCUCUGGCAGCAGGACUCUGGCCAGGCGGGUCCAGCACAGCGACACAAUCCCGGCAGCUCGCAGCGUCAAGCAGGACCAGCCCCUGCCGGGGAAGGGGGCCCCAGUGGAGGCCGGCGGGCCUGAGCCCCCCAUGGACUACCACGAGGAUGACAAGAGGUUCCGCAGGGAGGAGUACGAGGGGAACCUCCUGGAGGCCGGCCUGGAAUUGGAGCAUGAUGAGGACACCAAAAUUCAUGGGGUUGGGUUUGUCAAAAUCCACGCACCCUGGAACGUCCUGUGUAGAGAAGCUGAAUUCUUGAAACUCAAGAUGCCUACCAAGAAGAUGUACCACAUCAACGAGACCCGCGGCCUCCUGAAAAAGAUCAACUCGGUGCUGCAGAAAAUCACGGACCCUAUCCAGCCCCGGGUGGCCGAGCACAGGCCCCAGGCCACCAAGAGAUUGUCCUACCCCUUCUCCCGGGAGAAGCAGCACCUAUUUGACCUGUCUGACAGGGAUUCCUUUUUCGACAGCAAAACCCGGAGCACAAUAGUGUAUGAGAUCUUGAAGAGAACGACGUGUACCAAAGCCAAGUACAGCAUGGGGCAAGGAGAGGGAAGAAAGAAGGACUCUGCCCUUUUAAAUAAAAGGCGAAAAUGUGGUAAAUACGGCAUCACGAGCCUGCUGGCCAACGGAGUUUACUCAGCUGCGUACCCACUGCACGACGGAGACUGUGAGGGUGACAGCGUGGAGUUCAAUGACAGAAAACUCCUGUACGAAGAGUGGGCAAGUUAUGGGGUCUUCUAUAAAUACCAGCCCAUCGACCUGGUCAGGAAGUAUUUUGGGGAGAAGAUCGGCCUGUACUUCGCCUGGCUGGGUGUCUACACCCAGAUGCUCAUCCCCGCCUCGAUUGUUGGGAUCAUCGUCUUCCUCUACGGCUGCGCCACCGUCGAUGAAAACAUCCCCAGCAUGGAGAUGUGCGACCAGAGACACAACAUCACCAUGUGCCCGCUGUGUGACAAGACCUGCAGUUACUGGAAGAUGAGCUCCGCCUGUGCCACCGCCCGGGCCAGCCACCUCUUCGACAACCCGGCCACCGUCUUCUUCUCCGUCUUCAUGGCCCUCUGGGCCGCCACCUUCAUGGAGCACUGGAAACGGAAACAGAUGAGACUCAACUACCGCUGGGACCUCACGGGCUUCGAGGAGGAGGAGGAGGCAGUCAAGGAUCAUCCCAGAGCCGAAUACGAAGCUAGAGUUCUGGAAAAGUCACUUAGGAAAGAAUCCAAAAGCAAAGAGAAGCGCCGCCAUAUUCCAGAGGAGCCAACAAACAAAUGGAAGCAGAGGGUUAAGACCGCCAUGGCGGGGGUGAAAUUGACGGACAAGGUGAAGCUGACCUGGCGAGACCGGUUCCCAGCCUACCUCACCAACCUGGUCUCCAUCAUCUUCAUGAUUGCCGUGACCUUCGCCAUUGUCCUUGGAGUCAUCAUCUACCGAAUCUCCAUGGCCGCGGCCCUGGCCAUGAACUCCUCACCUUCCGUGCGGUCCAACAUCCGUGUCACAGUCACGGCCACCGCGGUUAUCAUCAACCUCGUGGUCAUCAUCCUGCUGGAUGAGGUCUACGGCUGCAUAGCACGGUGGCUCACAAAGAUUGAGGUUCCAAAGACGGAGAAGAGCUUCGAGGAAAGGCUCAUCUUCAAGGCUUUCCUGCUCAAGUUUGUCAAUUCCUACACCCCCAUCUUCUACGUGGCUUUCUUCAAAGGCCGGUUUGUCGGACGCCCAGGCGACUACGUGUACAUCUUCCGCUCUUUCCGGAUGGAGGAGUGUGCGCCCGGCGGCUGUCUGAUGGAGCUCUGCAUCCAACUCAGCAUCAUCAUGUUGGGCAAGCAGCUGAUCCAGAACAACCUCUUCGAGAUCGGCAUCCCGAAAAUGAAGAAGUUCAUCCGCUACCUGAAGCUGAAGCGGCGCAGCUCUCCCGACCAUGAGGAGUGUGUGAAGAAGAAGCAGCGCUACGAGGUGGACUACACCCUGGAGCCGUUCGCCGGCCUGACCCCAGAGUACAUGGAGAUGAUCAUCCAGUUUGGGUUUGUCACCUUGUUCGUCGCAUCCUUCCCUCUGGCCCCACUGUUUGCGCUGCUCAACAAUAUCAUUGAGAUCCGUCUGGAUGCCAAGAAGUUUGUCACCGAGCUCCGGAGGCCAGUGGCCGUCAGAGCCAAAGACAUCGGCAUCUGGUACAAUAUCCUCAGAGGUGUGGGGAAGCUCGCCGUCAUCAUCAACGCCUUCGUGAUUUCCUUCACAUCCGACUUCAUCCCGCGCCUGGUGUACCUCUACAUGUAUAGCGAGAACGGGACCAUGCACGGCUUCGUCAACCACACACUCUCCUCCUUCAACGUCAGUGACUUUCAGAAUGGCACAGCCCCCAACGACCCCCUGGACCUGGGCUACGAGGUGCAGAUUUGCAGGUACAAAGACUACCGUGAGCCCCCGUGGUCUGAAAACAAGUACGACAUCUCCAAGGACUUCUGGGCAGUGCUCGCGGCCCGGCUGGCCUUCGUCAUUGUCUUCCAGAACCUGGUCAUGUUCAUGAGUGACUUCGUGGACUGGAUCAUCCCGGACAUCCCCAAGGACAUCAGCCAGCAGAUCCACAAGGAGAAGGUGCUGAUGGUAGAGUUGUUCAUGAGGGAGGAGCAGGGGAAGCAGCAGCUGCUGGAGACCUGGAUGGACAAGGACCGCAAGCGCGAGGAGCCGUGCACCAACCACACCACCACCACCGGCCCAGACGGCCCCACCUUCCACGGGGACGCCCUGUAGCCACUGACGCCUCACACGGGCACCCUUCUCCGGGGCAGCCACCCGGCAGAGCCUGUGUUUUCUUCACGUGGAGGACCUCUUCCCGAUAGGACAACAUUUCUGUUUCCUUUUUUCUUUCUUUCCUCAUUUUUGCACAAAGCUGUUACGCAGGGAGUUUCUUAUCAUUAGUAUUCACGGUGAAGGGAAACGAUGGCUGGUGGCAGACUGGUGAGACGCGGUGACGGGGGCGCUUUGCAGAAACAGUUCUUGGAAAACAGGAGUCUCCUUUGUGUUGAAAUCACCAUUUUUGAUCUUCCUGAUGCCUUAAAACAAGCAAAACGGGAUUCCAAGGCGUGUGCAAGAGCUGAGAAGGGAAGUAGUGUGGCGAGCUGGACAGGGCAGGGGUGGAGCCCAGCGAGGGGGGUCUCUGCUGGAGGCGGCCUCGGCCCCAUCCUGCGGGGGCUCUGGGGAGGCAGGGGCACCACAAACACGCUUUGAGGGAGAAAGGAGCUGAUGAGGGAUAGACGAAGCUGAAUCUGUUCUGAAAGGUGUCGUCUGCCUCUGUGUCAGAAAAGUUCAAAGACUUUUAGUCAGCUUCUCCCUCCGUGAGUUCAGAAGCUGAGACACGAGGGUCAGAGAGAGGGGUACCCUCACCGUGUCCACACGGAGGGCUCGGGAGUCUCUGUUUUAUUCUUUGGGGGCUAGAAUGGCGCCGGGGCCCACUGAGCUGACCUUAGAACUAUUCCUUCUCAUUGUGGGAGAAAAGCCAGGUGAACAGGGAAACCCUGGGAUGGAGACCUCGGUGGUGUUUCCAAAGAUGGCUUAAGGAUUUCAGGAAGUCUUAAGACUUCUGGGGGUACGUUCACAGUGCUAGAGUAUUUAUUGAUUUUUUUUUUUAAAAAAUCAAUUAUCUGGUGGAUUUGAGGGUUUGUUUUGGGUUUUUUUUUUUUUUUUUUAAUCUGUAGCUUAAAGGUGGAAGGAGUUUAUUUUAUUAGUUAACUAACCAAAUAUCACUGAGAGGAAUUUAAAGUACUGUUACUACCAAAGAUUUUUAUUAAUAAAAGCUUCUAUUUUGGUAACACUUCUCUAUAUUUUUACUUACAGGAAUGUCACUAUUGGACAAUUGUCAUUUUAAAAGCUUAUAAAAACAAGUCCCCUCAAUGAUGAGUGACCUAAAUUUGCGGUGAUAACAUGAGCCCAUUAGCUGAGCUUUCUCAAACACAAGGGAAACAUAAAAAGAACUGUUUCACUGAAGGGGAAAACACAACAGCACUAACGUGUUUGUCUUGCAAAUGGCAUCGGUGUGGUGUUGACAUUCCCGUAAUCUGCAGACUCUGAUCCAAGUCCAUAAGUGUCGUAGAUUUUCAUUAUUUGCUCAAAUCAUGCGAUCUGAUGCUUCUGUCUUCUCUUGUACAGGCAAUAGUUAGAAAUGGGGUUUUUUGUAUAUAAAUAAUACUGUGUGAAGAGUUAGGUGAUUACCAAAAUCCCUUUGUGGAAACCAUUUUUUAAAAAAGUGAAUGUGCACAAACCCACAGAGCACUGUGGCUGGACAUUCAUAGAAAUAAAUUUGAAUACAACGCUCUCCUCUCUUGAACGCUGUGUGUGCGACCUUUGCCUGAAGGAACCAAGGAACACUGUGUCUGACGCUGCAAAUUCGGGAAACGUGUAGACAACUGUUUUCCUGGAUGCCAGACAUGUCAAUAGUUCUAGAUGUUCUUGGGACUUCAUCUCCCUGCCAGUGUCUGUGUGUGUUUGCAUGUGCUCAUGUGUGUGCAAGCAUACAUUUGUGCAUAGAUGUGUGAGUAUGUAUGUGUGCACGUGUGUUUGCAUGUGUUUGUGUGUGCAUGCGUGUGUGUGUUGGGAAUGGGGGUUGUGGUCACUCGUUCUCCUCACGGCCUCUUUGGAAUCCCCAAACCUUGACCCUGGUCCCACCGGCCCAACAGACUAGUGUUGGGAUUUCCUGAGCCUAAAAUUUCCCCGAAACCUUUUGGGGACCAAACUAGUGUCGCCAGUGUGUUCAUUUGGGCACAUGGGGACACGUCUUUUAAGCAACCAGCUAUAAUCAU